AUGCGUCUUUUUCCCAUAUUGGGGGUUUCCAGUUUGCUGUGCAACGCCGCAAGAGCCAUCGAAGUGAACUUUGACGAUACCCAGUCGGUGAAGGAUGCCGCGAGCACCAUAGCGUUUGGUCUCAUGAGUUACUACACUGGCAACAACACGGGCGAUGUGCCAGGGAACCUACCGGAUCCUUACUUCUGGUGGAAAGCCGGAGCCAUGUUCGGCACCAUGGUCGACUACUGGUUCUUGACAGGGGACCCCUCCCACAACGAGGCCACGAUGCAGGCGCUAUUACACCAACGAGGCGAAAACGAUGACUUCAUGCCGAAAAACCAGACCCUGUCCCUGGGCAACGACGACCAGGGCUUCUGGGCCAUGGCGGCCAUGAGCGCCGCCGAGAACAACUUCCCCGACCCGCCCGACGACAUGCCGCAGUGGCUGGCCCUGGUGCAGGCCGCCUUCAACCAGUGGGUCACGCGGUGGGACGACAGGUCGUGCGGCGGGGGGCUGCGGUGGCAGAUCUUCUUCAUCAACGGCGGCUUCGACUACAAGAACUCCAUCUCCAACGGCUGCUUUUUCAACCUGGCCGCCCGGCUCGCCCGCUUCACCGGCAACCAGACCUACGCCGACUGGGCGCAGCGCGUGUGGGACUGGGAGGUGGCCACGGGGCUCAUCACUGACGACUUUCGUGUCUACGACGGUGUCACCGUGCGCGACGACAACGCCGCCGAGUGCCCCGAGAUGGACACGAACCAGUGGUCGUACAACGCCGGCAUCUUCCUGCACGGCGCCGCCGUCAUGUACAACGUCACGGGCGACGACGUCUGGCUGGCGCGGACCCGGGGCCUGCUGGACGAGGCCGAGCGCCGCUUCUUCACCGAGGGCGUUAUGAGCGAGCAGCGCUGCGAGCCCUUCGGCUUCUGCAACCUGGACCAGCGCAGCUUCAAGGGCUACCUGGCGCGCUGGAUGGCCGGCACCGCCCAGGUCGUGCCCCAGACAUUCGACCGCAUCAUGGCCCUGUUGCGGCCCAACGCCGAGGGCGCCGCCGCCGCCUGCUCGGGGGACCCGGUCGAAGGGUUCCGUGGGAUGCCCGGGACCGCCUGCGGCCUGCAGUGGCACCCGCGCGGCUUCUUUGACGGGCUCGUGGGCGUCGGGGAGCAGAUGAACGCGCUCUCGGCCGUCAUGUACACGCUGAUACAACCCGGGCGGACGGCCCCCGUCACGGCCGAGACGGGCGGUUCGUCGAGGGGGGAUCCCGGGGCCGGCAUGGAGCCACACUCGUGGGAUAUGCCGGCCAUAACGACAGCGGACCAGGUGGCGGCGGGGUUCCUGACGUCGGGGAUUGCCCUGAGCCUGGUGGCAGGCUGCAUCUUCAUGGUGAAGUAG